AUGCUAAAUAUUUUAAAAAAUAUUGAUUUAUUUGGAGUACCAUUUAUAUAAGGAAUAGACCAAAAGUAGUCUAAAUAUUAGAGCAUAUUCGGUGGAGUAUUAUCCUUAUUAAUUUUUUCAUUCAGUUUUGGAUAUGCUAUUUGGAUUAUUUAUUUAUGGCAAACAAAAUAAAUGAAUCCUAAAGUAUCAACUUCCAGAUUUGUUUCUGACUACUCAGCCCUUAAUCUCAAUAAUGACUUCAUUAAACUAUAUUAUUGGUAGUAUGAUGAUAAUCUAAUUGAUCCUUUUUAAACAAAAAUUCUCUUGCCUCUGGUUAUUUACAAUAGAUAAAAUUAGUUAACAUAACCAUAGCUUAUAACAAAUUAAACAGUUACUAGUCAUGGGAAUACAUAUAUACCAAAAAUAGAAUUAGGUUUUUCAAAUAUAGAUGGAGAAAUAUAUACAUCUGAAGAAAUGUAUAUAUAAAUAGUAUUCUGCUCAGAAAUUUAUCUAAAGUCAGAUGAGAAGUGUGCAUCUGAAGAGCUAAUUUAACAAUUUUUUAAAUAAGCUUCUAAUUUGGUUGUGGUUCAAAUUUAUUCAACGACUUUGAAUUCUAGAGAUGGAUCAGAAUAAAUUGGAUUAUAAGAAUUCUAUAUUUAGAUAGAAGAAAAAUUUUGUUAUACAAUGAAUACAUUUUUAGAAACAAAUUUAUAUGAACUCUAGGAUUAUUUUUUAUUUGGAACAUCUUAAUUUAAGGAAUAUGUUUCUGGAGCUGUAGUACAAACCUAAACAAGUUCAUCUGAGUAUUGUUAUAAGAAUUUUAAUAAUAAUGCACUUUCUUUAAUAUAUUUGGGAAUGAAUGGAAAUCAAAUGAAAACUAUAUUUGAGUAUCCUCGUAUUGGAGAUAUUUUGGCAAAUAUUGGAUCUAUCAUAUCACUAUUAUUCAUGAGUAAAUAUGUAAUUAUUAUUUUAAACCAAUAUUCUUUAAAAUAAAGAAUAAUAAAAGAAUUGAUAUCAUUUUAUUAUCCGUAAUUUAAAAAUGUUUGUAUCACCAAAAAUUGGAGAUAAAAAAUUGUUAUGGUUAAGAUAAAUCAAAUUGAUUUAGAUAUAAAAGAAUUUAAAAAAUUUUACGACAGAGCCCAGGAAUAAAUGUAAUAAAAAUUAAGUUAUCUAAAUUUAUUAUAUGAAAUAUCUCGAUUAUAUUUUAUUAUAAGGUCAUCUAAAUCUAGAGAAGAGCUUUUAAAAUCUCAUCAUAUUGGAAUUAAAAUAAAUCAUAAUUAAACUAGGGAAUAGGAUGUUAAUUCAAAUUACAAAUCAGUGUAUUAAGCAUAAUCAAGUCGAGAAAAUAUCUAAUUAAAUGAAGAUGAUGCAGAAAUAUUAUCAUUAUAAAAAAAGAGAUCAGAAAAUAAUUAUAAUCUUAUUCCAGAAGAAAUAUUUAAUGAAACCGAUUUUUAUGUAGCCAAUAAAAUAGAAUGA